AUGUCGUGUUCUGCAAGUCGGUUGAUUGACAAGAAAAUAAACUUGUGUCACCAAGCACCGGAAACAGUACUAUACGCUUUAUGGGACUGUCCUGCAGCUCGUGAGGAGAUGGCAGAAGAAUUCUAUCAAGCGAAUCACAUGUAUUCAUGCUCAACUCAAGAGGGUAGUAGCCUGGUGGUGAAUUGGGAGAGGCCUCUUGCUCAAGGGCUGGGAGUUGUUAUUAGAGAUGAUCGUGGAGAGUUGAUUGCAGCAGCAGCCAAACCAGUGGGUGGCAUGUUUAUGCCCAAUGUUACUGAAUUAUUCGCAAUCAGAUUCGGCCUACAACUUGCUAUGGACUUGGGGUUGCAACAUAUACAAUUAGAGUUAGAUGCACAAGCAGCAAUACGGAUGGCUUUCCAAUGUGAUGCAGAUUUGGGCUACGAAGGAGUUUUAGUAAAUGAAAUUUAG